AUGAAGUCCCUGGGGAGACCAAAUCAGCUUGACCACUUGCUGACCAUUGUCUCAGCUCCGCUCGACUGCAAGAUUGAGUCCAACUUCAAGCGCGUCGGCAAGCGCAGCAAGCACGCCGAGAUGGAGAAAGAGAUCGACACGCUGCGAAGAAAGCUCGGUCGCGCCCAAGCCCAAGGCUUCACCGUCGACGACGACGACCACGACCUCCAGUCCCCCGUCGCCGCAUCCGCCGCCUAUACACACACCCGCAACCCCUCACUCAUGGGCUCCGACGAAGCUGUCUCAUCCCUGCUGCACCUCAAGAGGGGCGGCUCUUACAACAUGCCACGAUAUACCCACGAGCUGGAGAACGUCCGCUUGACCGAGGACUCGGUCUCUCAGCUCUUCAACAUGUUUUUCAACUACUACCACCCAUACCUGCCUUUCCUGAACCCUCACCAGUCGCCCGACACGUACUACCAGCAGCACUCGCUCCUUUUCUGGACCAUUGUCGCCGUCGCUGCGCGUCGCUACAGUGCCGACCCGACCCUGCUGACGACCUUGUCGGGCCCAUUGACGCGCCUGCUGUGGCAGACCAUUGGCGACGUGCCCAGCAGCUACUACGUCGUCAAGGCGCUCUGUUUGUUGUGCACCUGGCCCCUGCCCACAAGCACGACGACGGCCGAUCCUACACACAUUCUCUGUGGCGUCAUGCUGAGGACCGCCACGGGCAUUGGCCUGCACCGCCCGAACCACACCCAGGACUUCUCCCGCGUGUCCGUCGACCUGAACAAGGAGCAGCUCCAUGACCGCGUCACGACCUGGGCCGUGUGCAACAUUGUCGCCCAGUCCAUCGGUACAGGCUACGGCCAGCCUGCGUCGACACUGUACGACUGGACGCUGGCUGUGAGACGAGGCGAAGAUGGUCCCUUUACUCUAUCGCCCGUUCUCGAGGCGAGGCUGCAGAUCGAAAGGUUCUGCGACAAGGUGUCCAAAGAGAUGUACAGCAACGCCAGCGACUCGCGCGGCGUCGCAGGUGACGAGCACAGAGCCAUGCUGAUGCGUGUCUAUCGGCGGGAUUACGGAGAGCUUCAGGCUUCCAUCCUUUCGCAGCAUCUUGGGCCCAUCGUCAACCUCCAUCUCAGGGCCGCAGCUCUUCAUCUCCGAUUGGCCGGCUUCUUUGACUCCAACACCACCCCGGGCUACAUGGAUGAUCUGAUGGGCCUUUGGCGCGCAACGACGGCCUUCCUAGACCACAUUCUCGAGGACGACAAGGUGACGUCGCCAGGUCAAAACACGGCUGGCCACAUUCUGCUCUACGCCUCGAAUUACAUCCAGCAGAUGCUCGUCGCGGCAGGAUUUGCCCUCCUCAAGCUGAGCAAAUCAUUCUUCGCCGAAAUCAUCGAAGCCGAACGCAGCCGCAGUCUGUUCCACAAGACAUUGAACGCCAUCCGCGCCACCAGCGUCAUCAACAAUGAUUUGCAAUCCCGGCUCGCUGAGCUGAUGGUGCAGAUGUGGAAUGGCGCGCGACACGACAUCAAGUCUGUCAAGAACGACGAGGUGUCGCCCCGGCCUGUUGUCGAUGACACCCUGCAGCUCAAGGUUCGGUGCCGUCACAGCAUGAGUCUCGUGUUCGACUCGGUAUGGCGCUGGCGUGAGGACUAUCAAGCCCAGGGCCGCGGCACACUGGACGGCGCGCGCACAAUAGCCCUGAAACAACCUACUAAUCCGGACUCAGCGAACGAGUCUUCGGCUUCAUCGACACACAUGGAUUCGACACUGAUGCCUGCCGCCGCUGGUGCGCAGAAUCUGCCACAGACGUCGGGCAACAUGCUGGCAGCGACCAAUGGUGCCCUCACGCCGGGUACCACUGCCGCGAGCCUCGCAGCGCCAGCCAGCGCGAACGGCAAUGCGGCGGCAAACGGCACCAAUAGCAACCUCUUGAGCGGCAUCAAUUAUACGGAUAACACCAACUACGACUUCUUCGACCCCCAACACUGGAUGCUAGAUGGCUUGCUAGACUUCAACUACUCAUUCGCCCAGCCUCUCGAAGGUGCCUAG